CCAAAUAAGAUGAGCCAGUGGUGUUCCACCAUAUCCUCCUUCUCUUCCAUUCGGAUAAUCUCCCAUAACAUUCCACAAAAAUUUCUCAAUCAUAAUAAAUUAACAAAAGAAGGGAUAAAAAAGGUAACCAGACAUACAGAGGAGCAAAGGACUGAGAGGAUGAUGUUUGAUUUAUGUGUUUAGUGAUCGAUCGCCAGUAUGAGAAUGUUGCCUGUUUGCUCAGCCACCCCGAGCUAUUCCGCGUCUUCCCAGAUCCCCUUGUUUGGGGGAUUGCUUCCCAAUCGGAAAGAUCUCGAGAGCAGACUUGUGGUUGAAGAAGGCGUGCAUUUGGCUUCGCAACAUGGAACUUAUUCACUCAGAAAUUCAUUUGCAGUGCGCGCUGCUACAAAGACGGUCUUGGAUGGUUUUUCUUCUACAAGUGAACCGGGAGGAUACCUUACAAUCCCACGGGGUUAUUCACCACUGACAACCGACGGACAUCAUUCACUGAGGCACUUGGAAAGUUAUCAUUUAUCCACUGUGCCAGAGGGAUUAGUGGCCUUUGCAGAAGAACAGUCCACUCCACAACCAGAAACAUUAUCAAGUACUGAUAUAAUACCAGAGAAUUUUGCCCCAAGGCUUAGUUCAAUUAAUGUGGACAAUGAAUCAUUAGCCAGUACAAAAGCAAGUGUUGGGGAUUUUCUUUCUGGAAUCAAUGACUCAUUCAAGGCCUCAAUCAGUCAGGGAGAAAAUGCUUUACGAAGCUCACUGGAUACAGUCACUUCUUUUGCAGAUUCUGUUGGUAAAACUGCUACUAAAUCUGUUGAUAAUGCUUUUAGUAAGGCAUUUUCUGCUGUUGAUCAAACAGGAGACAUAGCAAACAAUAAACUCACUAGCUUUUCAAGUGGGCUGAGUGGAGUCACAAAUAAAGCACCUGCUGUGGCUAUUGAUGUGUUGCGCCGCGCAAUUGUAGUAGUAGAGAGUUCCCUGACAAGCGGGGCUUCGUAUGUUGUCUACCUAUAUGGGUCGGCCAAGGAUCUCCUUCCAGCAGGGAUUAGGGACACAGUCAAUGUAUAUGAAGAUAAAGCAACAGAAAUCUUGAGGCCUGUUGGUUCUGCAACACAAAGGAUAUACACGGGUGUCUACUCAUUGGAGAAGACUUUUGGCUUGGAUCCAAAUGACCCAAUUAUUCCAUUUUUUGUUCUUGUAGGCUCUUCAGCCACAUUAUGGGCCUUUUAUUGGUUGUGGACAUAUGGAGGGUAUUCAGGAGAUUUGUCCCCUAAAUCAGCUUUGGAGCUUUUGUCUGAGGAUGGAAAUGCUGCACUUAUUGAUGUCCGCUCUGAGGAAUUGCGAGAAAGAGAUGGCGUUCCUGAUCUCCGACGAGCUGCUCGGUUUCGUUAUGCAAGUGUAACUCCUCUCGAGGUUGAUGGUUCCAUACGCAAGUUGUUGAAGAGUGGUAGAGACCUCGAAGAUUCCUUGAUUGCUGUUAUUAUUCGAAAUUUGAAGACUGUUAAGGACAGUUCCAAGGUUAUAGUGUUGGAUGCUGAUGGUACUCGUUCUAAAGGCAUUGCAAGAUCCUUGAAGAAGAUUGGGGUCAAGAAUACAUACUUGGUUGAAGGCGGCUUUCAGUCUUGGAUGAAACAAGGUCUCCGCAUCAAAGAACUCAAACCUGAGACCGCACUUUCCAUACUCAAUGAGGAAGCUGAAGCAAUUCUGGAGGAAGUUAGUCCUUCUCCUGGGCAACUAUUAGGUUAUGGUACGGUAUUUGUUGGAGGGCUGUAUGCAUUAUUAGAGUGGGAGAAGACAUUACAGUUAAUUGGUGCAUUUGGCCUCGGUUUGACCAUCUAUUUGCGGGUUUCUUCAUAUGAAGACGCUGAAGAUCUAAAUCAAGAUGUGAGGUUGUUGCUUUCUCCCGUUAGACUUGGAGCCAAAGCUUUUUCAUGGGCUGCUGGAAAAUUAGAAUCAAAUGGCUUAGGAUUACCAACAUCACCUUCCUCAUUAGAUGUUCAGAACCGGGUGUUGCAGGCUGCUGCAAAACAUGAAUCUCAACCAUCUGAUAGUGAAGGUAACCAAGAUCCUGCUCCUGAAUCGACAGUUUCUCUCAAUCAGAAUGUAUGAGACCAUUCCAGACUGUCAUGUGCUAACAUGAAAAGCAGAACAGAGAUUAAUAUGGUCACAGCAAUUUAACUUAAAUUGACUGAAAAGUUAGCAAGUUGACGCUAUCCAACCUUUUCCAAACACUGUCCUGCCACGAAACUCGACUCUGUCCUGCCUGUAGGCAUUUUGAAAAUAUAGGGAAAAAAAAUCACAAUUCACAAGGAUGAUUAUGUUUGAUUUGUUGCAUGCCAUGCCUCAAGUGCUUGGUACAAUUUCCAUGGUCAAAGUAACAAGAAUGUUACUAUUGUAAUUUGUAGUAAAAAUAUGUGGUGGUGCAAUUUAUAGUCUUGCAAGCUAA